AUGGAGUUCUUUAAUUUGUUAAAUCGGGUAGAAUACGCGUGUAUCUGCGGUCUGCUAAACCCUCUUACUAAGCUUUACUUUUGUCGUCAUUGCAUGAAACUGCGCUGCGGUUUCUGUGUUUGUCAUGAGGUUGAUUCAAAUUUUUGUUCCAACUGUCUAGAGAAUAUACCGUCGUCCGAGACGAAGAUACGCAAAAAUCGCUGCAACACAUGCUUCAACUGUCCCAGUUGCCAGCAUACACUAUCGGUGCGUGCAUCCAUUGCGACCGUGCCUUUGGCUCCCGGUUCAGACUCAAAAGAAAGUUCACCGGCAGUGGAAGAUCCUCUGAAGGCAAAGCAGGAUGCAACACCUGCAGCUGGAAACGCUACACCAAGCGCCGGUCAGAAGCAAGUCACGAAGAAAAUGUAUUAUUUGGCCUGCUUGACAUGUCGUUGGAACUCCCAUGAUAUCGGCAUUCCGGAUCAGACUGCCGCCACAGGUCAGUGGCCGGAACCGGAGUAUCCAAACGCGACCCGCUUCGCGCUAUUGCUGGAACAUUACCAGUCGGUGGUGUUACAUGAUAAACAGGAGCGGCAAGAGCUGUGGCGUAGAAAGACACCGAAGAAAAGUCAAUUUCCCAGCUUGACGGAUCGUACGGGGUUGACUGUGUCGAUGAUGCGCCGCCAGAUGGGAUGGUCGGACGGGAAGGUGCAACUCAAAACGACGCCGACCUCGAUCAAGGAGUCGGUUCCAUGCGAGGAGGUGGAUGAACUACCGGAAGAGUUAUUUCACACCGAGGUGAAUUUGAAGACAGUCACAACGCUAGCACAACGCUUGGCACAGCCCGCAAAGCAGUCGGCUUCGGUCAGUCAACUCUAUCCGCAGCACAAGCUGCUCUCAAUCAAACGCUCACUGCGCUGUCGACAGUGCGACCACAACGUGAUCAAGUCUGAGUAUAAUCCAUCUUCGAUCAAAUAUCGCAUUGCGCUAUUCGCCGCCUAUCACGUACCGGAUGUGCGCCUAGUGAGCUGUGAACCGUUGCGAGUCGAUGGUUUGGAAGCGGCACUGCUCUUACGCAUCACGAACCCCACAAUCAACGAAAUGGUUAUCACUAUUAUGGAGUUGCCUACGGUCGAAGAGGAGCAGUUGAUGAUUCAAGAACUCAAAGCACUAGCAUUGGAAAGUAGCGCCACGCCUUCCGUAACUGCUGGUGUUUCGCACCAAACAUCACUGUCCAGCUUAAGCCCAGGCUUUGUGCGUCAAGGUACCCUAAUGGAAGAACCAAGAUUGAUUGGUCGUGCCGUUAACGGAAAGCUCAAACUACCUGACAGCAGCUUUGUUGUCAAUCAGCGUGAUGAUUCGGCCGAAUUCGAUGAGGUCAUGCAAGGACACCAGGAUGAACCCAAGUUCAUAGUUUGGCGCAAAGCAAAUCACGUUAUUAUUCGACUUGGCGUGCAACCCAAAGCGGACGCAACGUCAGACGAGGACGUAGUGGUUGGGUUUUCUCUGCAAUAUACUUAUUUUAAUACCGUUGCAGAAAAGAGCGUUGCCUCAUCAUCGUCAACAACAUCAACAACGCUAUCUGGAUCAAACAAAGAACAGAAAUGGCAUGCAUUAAACACGCGCAUAUAUGUAAAUCUAGGAAAGGUACGCAGCGUAGGUGAACGGAAUGAACAAAAUUAG